AACUAGUAAAGCUAUUCAUCCAAAUGUUAACACGUUUAUGUAAUUUGUUUUACAUUUGUACGGAUUUUUCAUGUGUUAACGAAACAUCGACUCAUAUUUCUUAUUCGAAAACAUCAACAAAGCGCCGAUAAAAUCGCGUUAAUUCAAUAUUAUCGAAGAAAGACAAACGCCGCGUUAGUUUAUGCUCGUGAACAGGAAAGUAAGUACUAGAAGGUAGCUAGGUAGGCUAAUGUUUAGCUUUAAUCGGAGGAGGUGCGCACUUUUCUGCAACAGUUCCGAUGGCUGUACGCUGGCUAUGCAGCCUGUUUGGGAAGCCCUUUGAUGGUGGGAAAAGGAUGGACCAUGGUGGUCCACAGCAGCAGCAGCAACAUUCAAUGGAGCAGCAGCAGCCACCAUAUCAUCCACAGCACCCUGCCAUGAUGCGGCUGUACGAGGUGCAGAAGGAGGUGGCGUCUCUGGGGCCGCAGGUCUGCACCUUCAGCGGCCUUCAGAACGACCGGGACUACAAGCGUCUGGAGCGAGAGCUGACCCGCCUGCUGCUGGAUGUGGACCAGGUGGACACAGAGGGCAAACCGGAGCUGCAGGGGGCACGAAAGAGAGCGGCACAGGAGGUGGAGGGACUACUGCGUUAUCUAGAGGAGAACGGCACCCAUCCUUCCCGGCUGGCCAUCGAACAGCUGAGUAACGAGGCGCGGCAGCUGGUGGAUGAGCGUGUGGUGGCUCCACAACGAGCAGGGGGUGUGGCAGAGAUCAACGACGAGCUAGUGGAUGCUCUGCAGGAGCUCGUGCUGAGGCUCACCCAGGUCAAGACCGAAGGGAGGGUGCCUCUCCGCAAAGCGCGCUACCGGGCGCUAACACGCCUGUGCGCUGUGCAGGAUGUGAUUGAAGGGCGAACGCAGCAGCAGACCCUCUCCCUGCCGCUAUCGGGAGACACCCACGAGUCCGUGAACUGCAUCAACCAGGUGAUGGUGAAGGUGAGCGUGGCCCGCGGUCAACUGGUGGCCCUGCUGAUGGGUUUGAGUGGGAGGGACAGCUGUGCCCACCUGUCGCGCAUCCUGACAGAGAUGCAAGUAGAGCUGGACGCUCUGGAUGUUUCUGGGAACGCAGUGAUCAGAAAUUACAGGAAACAGGUGGUGGAGGAGAUAAACGGGCUGCUGAAACAUCUGGACCUGGAGGGGGAGGGAGAUGACACACGCAGGUACGACUUAGCGCAGAACAACUCUAUCCGAGAGAUCGAGGGUGUGCGAGCUCACGUCUCGCACCUGCGAGAAGGCGUCUUGCGACACUGUGCGAUGGGUGACCUCAGCUUCAGACCCAAAGCCGAGCUGCAGAGUCUUCUCACUCAACUGGACCAGGUGGACACGGCUAAGAACCCGUGCAUCAGAGAGGCCCGUCGCCGUGCCGUAGUGGAAGUCCAGGCAAUCAUCACUUUCCUGGACCUACGCGAAGCACUAGCUCGCCGCCAGCCGGGCCCCAAUGAGCACCCAUCACAUCGAGCUGUGUGGCAGGUUCUGGGGAGCCUGUCAGACCUCCAGGCCCAGGUCCUGGGCUUCGAUGGCAAGCGAGUUGACAAGAGCUACAUGAUCCUAGAGGAGCUGCUCACUAAACAGCUGCUGGCGCUGGACGCCGUUGACCCACAGGGUGACGAGACAACCAAGAUGGCGCGGAAGCAGGCGGUGAAGUUUGCCCAGAACAUUCUCAACUACCUGGACAUGAAAACAGACGAGUGGGAGUAUUAAUUCAUUCCAAAACAUACAUGAUGGGACGUUGCUGCAGGAAAGAAAGGAGCUGAUAAUGUGUGUAGAUAUAAAAAAAAAAACAAAAAAAACUGGUACGUUAUCAUUCCAUGGGCUGUAAAAUAUGAGUUCAGAUCUCUACAAAUGCACUGCAGCAGCGCUUUUUCUUUCACCACUUCAUGGUUGUCAUGGCCGACCCUGCCGAAAAACACAAAACUACUUUUGUGAAACACUUCGAAAAUUCUAUCUGUGCUAUUUGGAGAUAUCUUUUGAAAUCUCCCGUGUGUGCGUGCGCGCGCGCGUGUGUGUGCGUGUGUGUGUGUGCGCGCAAGUUAUUUGUUGUCAUUGCAUUUGGCGUGUGGCUGUUGGAGCCAAAGCACUAAAUAAUGCCUGUAUAACUGGUCACAUCCUCUAGACUGCACUUGAUAUUGAUAAAUUAUCCCAGUGUGAUGAGCUGCUUAGCAGUGGUUUCCCCGUCUGGCCUGAUUAAUCUGAAUGUCAGUUGCUCAUGGAGACAGCAAAUGUGUGUGUUAAAUACAGUGAUCUAAUUAGAAAAAGUUGUCCACUGCUACCCUAAGAGCUGGGCUUGGUCCAGACUGUGAUAUUUGCUGAUUUUGCCCCCCACCUUUUUUUUUUUAAAUUUUAAAUUAAGGGAAUCAAAUUUGGUCUGAUUCUUUUUGGCAAAAUAGAAAUUGUAAACAUGAAAAUUUAAAAGCAAAGUCUGUUUAAUCAGCAAUGUUGUGCUUUUGUGCAAAACUGAUGGAAGCUUUGAGGCAGUAUUGAAGGUGAAACAUGCCAGAUUUUCACAAGCAGCAGCCGGUAUUCUGCCAGGCAGUCUGUGUUUCAACAGAUGUGAUCAGAGAGGAAACGGUGGGAGUUUACAUUACCGGUGUGAGGUCACUCUCCACUCCUGUGUGACCUCGCUGAUCCCUUCAGCGUGUAUUUGAAGUAUCUGGUAGGACUCUAGCUCCCCAAACACACACACACACACACACACACACACACACGGUCAAAUAACGAAAGGAAACCAAAGCAUCAGUGUUGAUGUUGUUAUCCUGUGAGCUGUGAAUGGGAUGUUUAAUAGGCAACAGGAUGUUCGAAGCGAUUAAAAAGUACCUUUCCCCCUUUACCGCUCGUGUAGCUGUUCACAUGUAAGACGUUUCACGUUUUUUUCUGACUCCGUGUGAUCGUGUCGGGCUAUUAAUGGAUCUGAUUGAAUUCAGAGCUAGAGGAGCAAAGGUGAAAUUUUGUCGUCGCUGCUGCUUUUAGGUUGUUUUUUUGGUUUUUUUACCUACUGCUUUCUACUGAUGCAGGAGAGAGAGUGUGAGAGGUCCCUGGGGAGAGGAAGAGGAAGGGAGGGUGAGGCAAAGAUAUCCACUGGAUUGACACAUCAAGGCUGAAGCUCACAGGGCCGACAGUCGGGUACUGUUUGGUAGAGGAUUGACGGUGAUGGCAGUCGACAGAGCCUUCUAGAAACUUCUCUAAGCUGCUGCAGCAGACAGUAGGAGAGAGGGAAAGGACAGUAGAGAAGUCUGUGCCUUGAUUUUGACCCUUCCCUAUGACCCGGUUUAUGUAAAAGCAGUCUUCUAGUGCAGCAACUGAAUAAAGAGCAAGCCCCCCCCCCCCCCCCUUUUUUUUUAAUGUUUCAAUGCACAAGAAUGAGGAAACUAAAGCACUGAAUGUGUUUAUGGAGAGCACCUUGGUCAUUAUCACCAUCAGAAAUAUGCACUAGUUGUCAGAAAUGUUUUUUUAAAACGAGUAUGUGUUCUGAAAAUGCUGGUCAGUCAUUUGUAGUAACACAGUGAUGACGCUCUUUUUAGCAGGCAUCGACAUGAGUCAUGGUUUCACGCUGCAAACAGCCUCGCUUCUAGAGCAGCUCACGUGCUCUCACAGCAUUUAGGUGACAUUAGCAGAGAAAUCAGCAGAGAAAAACAAACCAAUUGGACAACGGAAUCGGUUCACAGCUUCCCGCUGACCCCAGAAAUGAGCAGGCGAGGAGGAGCCGAUUGUGGAGAUGCUCCCGAGCAGGAGGAAAAGGCAGCUAAUGAAAGAAUCGCUCCUCAGUUAGCGAGCGUUUCAGGCACGCUUCGUGAUCUUCAACAACAGAAAUUCCCAGCUUGCUCGCUGCUUCUUUGCAUUUCUGUUCACGGUGUGUGUGUGUAUGCAGGUGUCAGUGUAAAAUUCUUAUAAUAUAGGUAGUCUUCCGCCUUACACCUGAUGUGGAAGGUGCAUCUGCCAGCUCGUUAAAUCAAAAAAUACCUCAGCAGAGAAAGAAGGAGUCUUUUCGGUUCUUAUCUGAUUGGUGGUUUGAGAAGAUUAAAGCUGCCUCCAGAAUUUCUUGGCUGACAGGGAAUCUCUCUUUAGCUGAGAGUGCCUCAUCUCUGUGUGGCUGUGUGUGAACACACACCAAAAGGUCAAAUGUCCUGAUAGUUUCCCCUGCAACAAGUUACUCACAAGUGAUAAAAUCAAGUCUUUAGGGCUUCAUUGCCUGUCCCAGCUGCAGAGAACGUUGUCCGGUUUAUCAGCGUGUUUCAGCGAACCUUCACCAGCCCUGCUAACUGUUUUAAGCUGCUACUGGAAGCAGUUUUCUGGCACAGAGCCUGCAGCUCGGCCUCCUGGGUAGUGAGCUGACUCAUGCGGGGGGGGGGAUUAGAUUAAACAGUGUUCAUUAAACAUAGCCAGUCUGCUUGGCCGUUGUUGCAACAGAUGCUUUCUCACAGUGAACCUUAUGCUCUUCUCAGACCAAACCAACCCGGACACACCUUAUGUUCACUUUUUUGUAUGCAGUAACAUAAAGAUGUACAUCUGUUCCUCGCAGGUCACUGCAUCAGUGUAUUCCUUUGUAUUCAUUUCUUUGAAUAGUUUAUCUAAAGUUUUACACUUUAAAAAGAAGUAUUUCGAUUUGUCCUGUCUUGUUGUCUCAAAGUGUCUCGAAGCCAUACAAGCAUACAAAUUUAUGUUGUGGUUUGGAAGUAUGGACCGAAAAGCGAGGAUGGCACCGAGGAAAAACACCAUUUACUAAAUGUUUUGGAUUUUCUUGAGAUGGAAGUUGUUCCCUGCUUGCGAAUAUCACUA